AUGGCUUCAGUAUCUGUCUUCCCCUUCGACGUGGGAGAGGCGUCAAACGAACGUGUCAAGCUCAUUCCCUUCAAUCCAGAGCAACAUUGUGAAACCUUCUUCCGCCUAUCAUCACCCCAUCCCGACAUAUACGCCCACAUGCCCAUGCCUUCCCCGGCUUCAGCAACCGCCUUCAAAUCUCUAUUCUACAAUAAUUGCACGAGUCACAUUCUGUCCUUCUCCAAUCCAGAGUCAUUCGCCUUUGCCAUCAUAGACAAGACACGGCCGCCAUCCGCAGAAGACCCCGAAGGUGAAUUAGCUGGCACUGUGAGCUUUAUCCGUACAUCGCCGAUAAACAUGUGCACAGAGAUUGGAUUUGUUGUCAUCCUGCCUCCAUACCAGCGAACCCAUGUGGCAACUAAUGCUGUUGGACUUGCUCUACAACUUGCCUUUGAGCCCACGGAGAAAGGUGGUCUUGGGUUGCGCAGAGUACAUUGGAUGGCUAGCACGAUGAACCCUGCUAGUGCUCGACUUGCGCAGAGGAUGGGAUUUGAACAGAUUGGGAUUAUACCUUGGCAUAUGCGGUUUGUGAAAGGGAAGACGAAUGGGAAAGUGGGAAAUGGCAGGGAACCGCCGCCUGGAGGUGAUCCUGAGGAUUUGUGGAGAGAUACCGUGAGUCUUACUUUGGCAUGGGAUCAUUGGGAAACUGGUGCGAGAGAAAGGGCGGCGAAAGCGAUGGAGAGAUAA